CUCCUGUGCCAAGUGAGGCUAUAGCACAACACCCUCUCAACGACACCACGUUCAGCCCCACCCGCCCCAGACGCCUUCCCCAACCUCCGACGCUUGGCCUCGCCCCUAGCACCCGGCGACGAUUCUCUUGCUUCUUUGAGAACUUGCUUUCCCAAUUUGAGUUUAGGUGUCGAUUCAGAUCGAUGGAUCUCAUGGAUUCAGAAAGCCAAGCCAUGGAUUCGGCGUCGCUGCUGCCAGCAGAUGGAAGAAGGUUAGCCUGGAUGAGCCGCCUCCAUUCCUCGCCAGUGCACCCGCUGGACGACGAGGACCUCCUCCAGGAGAUUCUCCUCCGCCUGCCUCCUCAGCCAUCCUCUCUCCCCCGUGCUUCCCUCGUCUGCCCGCGCUGGCAUUGCAUCCUCUCCGACCCCAAGUUCAUCCAGCGCUUCCGUAGACACCAUCGGAAACCCCCGCUUCUCGGUUUCUUCUUCUCUGAAACGGGCUUUCCCACCGUCUUCAAUCCCGCUCUCGACCCACCCGAUCGAAUCCCCGCCGAGCGCUUCUCCUUGCCCAAGAAUAGAUUCAAUGCCAGCCAGCACUUUCUCGGUUGCCGCCAUGGCCUCGCCGUCCUAACCAACUUGCACCUCCGCGAGAUUAUCGUGUGGGAUCCCCUCAGCGGCCAACAACACCGCGUGGGUUUUCCAGCGGGGCUUGACAACAACAAAGUGACGUACUGGCAUGCCGAACUGUUGUGCGCUGAUGCCGAAGAUGGGCACGUGCACGGGGAUUGCUUCUCGAGCCCGUUCAAAUUGGUCGCAAUCUGGGUCGUCAGAUGCACGCAGGCAUUUGCUUGCCUCUAUGAAUCAGCAACCGGUGUAUGGGGAGACACUGUCUUCACGGAGGUUACAAAACAGAAUUAUAAUUAUAGCAUGAGGCCUGGCGUUCUUAUUGGGAAUGCACUUUGCUGGUUGCUUUCUGGAGGUGACGUUCUGGCAUUUUGUCUUCAAAGCCAGAGCCUUCAUGUGAUGAACAAGCCGUUGGAAAUCAAGUACACCUCCGGUUCUAUUCAGCUCUUAAGAACAGAGGAUUGUGGUGUUGGUCUCGCGUAUUUGUCAGAACUGACCAUUCAAUUAUGGGAGAGGAAAUCAAAUUGUCAUGGCGUGGUCGGCUGGGUGCUUCUGCAAAAAACUAUUCAAUUGCAGGAGCUCUUUCCACAAGGAAUGUUUAGUGAGAGGAAAAGGGUGCACAUAACAGGGUAUGCCGAGGAGACAAAUGCGAUUGUUCUGUCUGUGUUGAGAGACGACUUCAUGCUGCAAGUUGACACGAUGGAGAUCAAACAUAUUCAGAAAAGAAAAGGAGAUGGAUUUACCUUUCCGUACGCAAAUUUCUAUGUUGCAGGUAUGCAAGUUGAUGGUGGAGACAUAGGAGAUGAAAAUUGGGACGUAGUGGAUGAACUAAUGCACUAUCUCGGUGUCCCUGCUCAUCUUGAUGUUGAUGAGUUUUGAAGUAAGAUCCAACUAUGGGAUUGAAGGCACUCACUAAGGGAGCCGAAAUCGAUGCCACUGAUGCACUAAGCACAAAGGAUCCAAGUACUACCUCGAUCUUCACCACAACCUGCCUCCACCCCUAUAGUACUCCUUUUCUUUAUGUUGGCCUAUUCAGUUGGCCUAGUUGGCUACUUUACCUAUCUUUGUAUUUUGUGUCUCUCGACUAGUGUGGUCAUUUGAGUGUUUGACUCCAUUAUCUUUCAUAUCCAUAUGUUGAAUGUUA